GACAUGUUGAAGCCGGUUAAUACAACAAUAUGUGGAUGAGAGAGGCGGAUCAUACGUGUGGAUAUUAUGUGUUACUACUUACUAGUAGUUGAUGAAAUGGAUUUCAUCCGAAAACAUAAAGUAUCCCAUAAAUCAAUUAGACGAUCGAUGCAGACGACGACGACACAUCUGUUUAGUUUGAGUUGCCCUCCUCCUCGUCGUCGUCAGUUGAGACCAAUCUGUAAUCAGCUUGGAAAGCAGACAAGUAAGAAAGUAAGCCUGAAAAACAUAUGGCCUUCUGUCUCACUUUCACUUUUCGGCUGUGGUUUCUUCAUUGGUCCCCUGAUUGAUGGAUUGCAUUCCAGAGUCAAUCUUGUUGUCUACCAAAACGGUGCUAUCGAUAUCGGCCCUCUCCACACUAAUAUAUGGGUGCCUCCUCUACUUGGUGUUUUCUACUGCAGUUUUGGUUUAUUACAACUUCUUCUUGAUGAAAUAUUAUCUCCUGCUGCACCUCCACAACGUAGCCCAGAUAGACUAGCUGCUUCUUUCAUAGCCCUUGUUGUAUUCAUUGAAUUGAGCGCCGAAUUGUAUAAAGCUGGCGUGGCGGACAAUAUCGAAGCGUACAUAUUAUUUGCAGGGGCAGAGUUAGUAUGGUUAUUGCUGGAUAAGACGAGGCUCGGAUUUGCAAUUGCUUGUCUCGUAGGCCUUUGUUGCCCACUCGCCGAAAUUCCCAUAAUGAAAUUAUAUCAUCUGUGGUACUAUCCAGAAGCAAAUGUUGAAAUUUUCGGACAGGGGUUGGUAACUUGGACCAUCACUUGCUAUUUUGUGUAUACUCCGUUCCUCGUAAAUCUUUGCCGUUGGCUAAAAACCGUAGUCGUUUCUGCAAGUGCUGAAGACAAAGCUCUGUAGGUAGAGACUAGAGAGUACUAUUAUUUUGUUCGAAUAUGUUCAACACAGAAAACACAAAUUGCCUAUUUAGUUUAAUUUGCCGGUAUCGAGCUUAGUUUUCAUUAGACAAGAUAUAUCUUCUGGAGUAUUUUUUGUAUGGUUGUUAUUACAGAAGAUAUAUUAAUAUAUGAGUUUUUUUUACAAAU